CAGCAGUUUCAGAGGAGUCAAUCAUGCAUAUGACAAGUCGCAUGAAAGCCUGUGCUCGUUGCAGGCGACAGAAGGUUCAAGACUUCCUUGGGCCCAGGACAAUUGAGAUCUGCUAAUUCAUGGCUUGCAGUUGAGGUGCGACUUGUAUCAGCACCCCGGACAGCCAUGUUCACGUUGAAAACGCAUGCACAUAGAAUGCAACAAUAUAGUGGAAGCUCCAGAGGCUACUGUGGACGCUUCGCCAGCUCGGUCUGAUCGCACGGCUGUAGGAACUUCAAGCAGUGCCUUGAUCUAUACCGCUGCGGAGCCAUCACUUGAAGUUGACCCAUCAUAUGCUGUACAGUCAGACCGAUCUUCAUCACUUUCUGAAAUCUUGGGUCGGGAGGGCAUUGCGGUAAAACAGAUAGACGAUUGCUUUGCUCGGCGCUUGGAGCAUGCCACGAAGCUGCACCGGAUAGCUGUUCAACACAUCAGAGGCGGAACAUUCCAGCCCCUUUUAUACAUUACGAACCCUAUUCCAAUUAUUAAAAGCUCCCUGAUUCUGUGUCUCUGGCCUCUACCAGUGGACACAAUAUGGAAAGACCCUUCAGAUGUGUAUGCAGGCACAGCCCAUUCUCUCGCUGUUCAGAAUGGGCUUUUCGUCAACGGUCACGAGCAAGACUUUGCAAGGACGCAUACUUCUUUGUCCAAAGAGAUCAGAGAUAUUAGGGCUCAUCUAUGGCUCAACUGUUGUUUAGUAUUCCAAGCCCUGUGCGAUGGCCUCCCAUAUCUUUCUAUCUCCGAAUCCAAGCCCUACCAGAGGAAAACUAGGCUCGAGGAGAUUGUGGACGCCUCAUUCCAUUACCGCAUCAAGUGCCACGACAUCUUAAUUGAUGCCACUAGAGCAUUUGGCGACAUCAUAGACGAGCAGGGCGAGGGCAGUAAGUCGUUGCUACCACUAAUCAGGAUCUUCAGUGAACAAGUGGAAAUCGUCCCACUUCCUCUCCGUGAUGACUUAUGCUACCUUACCCGGUGCUGCAUCCGUCUCGCAAUAUCAGCCUACUACUUCUUCCUACAGAGUCAUGACUUUAAGAGACCAGGCCUGAUCACAACCUUUUCAAUAGCCACAGAAGUUCUUGAUGCCGUGCCUCGCUUAGAUGCCAUGCAGGACUUCGCGUUAUAUGCUUCAAACUACUAUACGCGCAUGGCCUUGCUAGCGGCGUUUUGCAUCCUACGACUAGUCAGGAGCCAGCUGAAAGAGCACAUUGACCUGCGUGAUGCUCAACAAUCGUUAUUCAAGGCGAUAUCAUUCGUCAAAAGGCGUUCCAUGCAACACGGCGACCUUGAUGAGAGGUAUGGGACGAUCCUCUCGCAGUUGUGGUCAAAUAGCGAUUCGAUGGAUACUACUACAGCUAAUGGGCUGGAUCUGAGGAUCCGUAGUCGUUUGUUUAUGAGCGUGGUAUUUGACUCUCUUUGGUGGUGA